AGUCUGUUCGAGGAGCGCGGAUCGGGAGGUUGGAUUUCUGAGCUUGAGCAAUGGUAGAAAUCAGGGACUGAGUUUACCCGAUUUAAUUCCACUGAGCAGCUCGUUCCAAGGGGAGAUUAAUCUUGUUGGAUUUAUAUGUCCGUGAUAUCUCUUUGGUAGUGAAAUCCACGUUCUCCGCAGGCAACAUGAAUAGACGGUCCCUGCUGGUGUUGGUCAUACUGUCCAUCCUGGUACAGGGCAGUCUGCAGCAGUACGGGCACAUGGAGGAUCCCCCCGCGCGCGGAUCUAUGUGGCGGUACGGUUUCAACACGCCUGUUAAUACUGACGACAAUUCUAUGAAUUGUGGAGGUAAACAGGUUCAUAUGAAAAACAACGGGCGAUGUGGAGUUUGUGGGGACGCAUAUGACGGAGCUCGUGCCCACGAAUAUGGAGGGACAUAUGCAACUGGUCUCAUGUCCAAAUUCUUUCCUCUUGGGACUGAUCAAAUUCAGAUCACCGUUCGAACGAUCAGCCCACAAAUGGGGAGCUACGAAUUUCGGAUUUGUUCUAUGGAUAACCUUCAUGGAGCCGUUAAACAGUCAUGUCUUGAUCAGAACGUGCUCCUUGUUAAAGACAACACUGCUGUGAACUCGUUUUUCCGAGCGAGAUAUUAUGUGACUCCGUCGAUACGAAAUAUGCUUAGUCAUAAAAUCAUUGCCAAGAUUCCCAAAGGAUUUACGUGUGCACAUUGUGUACUGCAAUGGAAGUUUAUUUCAGUGCCAGACAGAGACGGACGCAGGGAUGAAUACGUUAACUGUGCUGAUAUAAGCAUUGGAAAGAGACCACAUAUGACUGGAGCGGGGACUACUUUUCAGGAGCCAGUAACGGCAGGCUCCAAUACAUCAGCAAAUGCAUCUACUGCCGAAAUGACAAAUUCGGAACUUCUGGAGGCUUUGCUUGUUUUAGCUGACGUGAAUCCCGUCGCAGACAAAGUCAUGCCCCUCUCUACUCCUUCUACUGUUGCCGCGCAACCCCAAGGGGAUGUACCGAAACACGAACAAUUGAUACAAGAACUACAACAGCUGGGUGUCCUUGUGCCAGUUGAUACGCCGAAUCAAGGAAAUGGUAUGGCAGUAGAGACAAUGUUUACAUCGCCAGAUGCUCAUACGAACCCCGACUAUUUCUUAGAACAAUUACAGAAUCUCGGAGUAUUAGUACCAGUAGACCCUAGCCCAUCGUCUUCAAAUACCGCAACACAGCAGGCACCGAAUACUCCUUCCGGACAAAGUACGUCGUCUGCUAAUACAAUGCAAUCCGUUAUUCCAAAUACUCAAUCUCCAGUCUUACCUAUUGUUAUGCAAUCAACCCCUUCAGAGAAGCAGCUAGUUGACCAAUUAAAAGACAUAGGAGUUUUGGUUCCUGUUGACCAAGCUCUAAACUCGGGACAACAAUCCAACCAAAACAUUUUCAAAGCACAAGAAUCCAAAAUUAAGAGAAUGCGUGAAAACGAACUAGCAAGACAAUUGCAUGGCUUAGGCGUCAUUGUGCCAGUUGGACAUGUUGUUCAGUCUCAGGAUAGCUCCGCAGCUAAGGACACAUCAACUGUUAAUAACUUUGAUCCAUUCAAAGCUCCCAGAGCAACUAAUAUACAACCGACAAAUACAUUUUCAUCUCAAUCCAAUAUUCUUCAGUCUAAUGGUAUUCAUUCGUCCAGAUCUUCCCAAAAUACACAAGUUCAACGUCGAACUUCUCAGCUUGGUGAUAUAUUCAAUACUAAUACCGUAAGUCAAAAUCAAGUAAGAAAAUCACAACAAACGCACCAAAGUAGAUCCACAUUUACCUCUUCUCAGGGUGACAUGUCGUCGUUAUUAUCGCCGACAAGAACACAAACUCACAUGGAAUCAUCCAGGACGAUAUUUACAUCUUCAUCAUCAGUCAGUAGCAGAGGACAAAUUGUUUCAAGUGGGAGUCAGAUGGUUGCUGGAAAUCCUCCACAAGUUAAUUCUCAGUUUGGAAACUUUGGAAGAGUACAGAAUAGAAACGAACAAAAUGUUCAAUCCAGCAAUAAUGGACGAGUUUCUUCCUCUCACCAAGCGCAACAGGCAGUUGGUAGACAAAACACUUUUGGAUCUCGAAACAUAUUAAACAGAUUCCACACGAGCAAAAUAUCAAGUUCCUCUAAUUUUCAGCAAGGUCGCAAUGUAAACACUUUCUCUUCUAAUGGUCUUCCAAACAACUUAUCCCCACCAACUUGGCAACGGCAACACACACAACAUUCGUUGUCUCAAAAUGCCCAGAACAACGUUAAAUCAAGCGGCUUUGGACUAAGCGGAAAUAAUCAAAUUACUUUGUCUCAAGGCGGAGCUUUUCUGGGAGAUGUUGUUCAAGGGUCAGAUAAAAGGAAAAGCGGAAAGCAAAGUUUAUCUCGGUUUGACCAAGGUCUCUCUAGCCCUGCCGGUUCACUAAGUUCAAAUAGCGUAUCACGAUCAACUGGGUUUCAAACUCAAAGUUCUCAAACAUCUCAAACUGUUUUUAAAACUGAUACAGCAGGAAAUACUAAGAGUGAAAGUGUGGCAGUUUCAGCAAAAAAUACUAACAGUGGUUCAUCACUGACGAGAUUAGAAAAAGACCCAAUGGGCAAAGUUGUUCAUAAAGCAACAUCGAUGUCUGUCCUCAAUAGAGACCAAGAACAGUCUCGAUCCAAAUCAUCAUCGGCAAUGGAUGCGUUUGGAAAUAUUGUAAAAUCAACAGACACGGGAUCAGUGAGUACUUCUGAUUUACAACAGACAUUAUCAAAUACUGGUGCACUGAACUUGGCUGGUCAACAUGAAAGUAAGACAACGUCGGUUUCGUCUAAAAUAUCUGAUAAAAGCAGUGUAAUUACAAACACACAGGCGAAGGAGGACGCACUAGGAAAUACUGUUUCCAAAACAAUAUCCAAGCAAAGUUCAUCGGCGGACAAAACGAAAUCUUUUGCUAACACAAAUUCUAAGAGGGACCCUUUAGGAAAUAAAGUCAAUAAAUCUUUUGCUAAAUCCUCCUCAACAAUGGAUAGCAAUGUAGGCAUUACAAAGACAGCAACAGAUGUUGACAGGAUGGGAAAUAAGGUUAGUAAAACCAUUUCCAAAAUCUCCACCAUAAAAGACCAAAGCCAGGCAGCAUCAAGAACAAUUAAAAAACAGGACAAAUUGGGGACGCUUAAAAGCGAUGUAUUAACAAAAUCGUCAUCUCUAAUUAAGGCGAACAAUGCAAACACUGUAAAUGUUGUUAAGGAGGAUCCGACUGGAUAUCAGGUAAUUGAUUCCCAUACUAAAGCAUCAUCACAUACCAGAAAGAAUGCUGAAAUAGCACAGUCAUCGACUAAUGAGGGACGUUUUGGUAACAAAGAAGGCGAGACACACCUCAAAUCAUCCAAUGAUGUACAACAAUCAAACACAAAUACAAAUACCCUAUCUGAAACUGACUUAUUCGGAAAUUCUGAGAGCCACACACAGUCAGUUUCCAAUACAAUUAAGGAAAAGGAGAAGACUGUUUCAAAUGUCGAUCUCAAAAUCAAUACAGAAGGGGAAGUGUCUAAAAGAGUGAUAGACACGGCUCUCAAAAAUCAGCUGACCGAGACAGUGAAAAAGAAUAUACAGAAGCAUACAAAAGUAAAUUUACAUGAUAACAGUGUAAAAACGGACACCACGGGAUCUAUUUUCAAGGAUAUAUCUACGUCUGAUAAAAAAGAGGUUUUAACAGAAAGUAGGCAUUUAGAUCCUGCUGGAGAAAUGAAUAAAAACGUUGCCUUGGUUUCAAGUUCUGUUAAAAAACAAGAGCAACAAAUACACAAAAUUCAUGACUCCAGAGUUCAAAAUUCAGAAGGAACUUUGGUCAAAAACUCUGUCAACGACACAUUGAAAUUUAUGGAUAUUGCAAAUACUAGAAAUAAAACAGUUGAAAACUUGCAUAUGGAUAGAAGUGGAAAUGUGGCCAGUAAAAUGAAACAAUCUGGUCAAAGAUAUGCGAAUAAAACCAUAUCAGUUCAGAGACAAGAACAACAAUCUGUGACACCGGUUGUGAAUUUGGAGGUCACUCCGGCCCCAACAACUUCCACAUACCAAAAAGAAACACUGACUAUCCAAGUACCGUCGAUGGAUCUACUACUACCGAUCCAACUUACUACACCGCCUCUUGAUUCUCAUAAUUACAUAAUGACAACAACUCCAGAAACAAUAGAUGCUAUAAAAACAGAUACUUUUUAUCCCUCAUCCCUCUCCACGGUCAGUCCAUCCUUCCGCCAGGUGCCUUUAGAGUCCAUUCAGAACUCUCCUGCUUUUCCUUCUGAUACAUCUAAACGAACAUCAGUCCAUGUACCGAACAUAGGUAACACAACUUGGGGCUCCAAGGAAAAACUUAUUGAUCAGCAAGGCAGAGAGAGCAUAUGGGUUUCACCAAAUGAGGCCCCUAAGAUUGGUAUAAAUUCUUCAAAUAAAUCUUCAACAAAUUAUGCAGCUCUCGACCCGUCAUUUGACCCAAAUGCACUUGUACAGAGUUCUACUGAAAGCAGUGUAAAAGAAUUGCCACCUUUAGGCGGAGUGAUAAUGAGAAACAGUAAUAACGCCAGGCAAAGCGCACAGCAUAGAUUAGAUCCCUUCUUAUUUGGAAUUGGGGCAACGCCAAAAUUCGCUCCGCAAGGUCCAUUAAUGGGGAGGGCUGGUCAGCAAACACCUCAUUCUAAAACUUUACAGCAAAACCGCCCACAGAUCGGACGAUCACCAGUGUCAUUCAAAAGAAAUGGUUUGAUCAUCCAGAAAUCAUCUGUUGUUCAAAAUCAAGCAAUUCAAAGAUCAUCCUCUGUACCUCUUCAAAAUCAAGGAAGUUCAUUUGUUACCCAGAGACCAGCAACGAUAAACGUACAGCAACACCAAGCAACUUCAAGAAGACAACCGACGACUUCUCGUCCCAAUCAAAGAAACCUAACACAAAGACGUACAGGGAAUAAUCUACGAACUCAGUCACAGAUGCCAGAGAGGACCGCACGGGUCGAAGUGGUUGUUCGAAACCCAGCAGAUUCCGUGAGAUUCUUUUCCACCAUAAAUAAUUUUCCUCCGGCACAGAGACAGAGAAUACUAGAAUUGCUCAGACGUAACCGUAUUACAAAUUUACAGUUUGCCAACCCUCAUAUGCUUGCUCAUCUCGCAAACAUGCAAAUACGCCCUUCCACUCCUCCACGUCCAACAGCAGCGCAGAUAUCUCAUUUCAUGCGCAGACUUUCCACAACCCCAAAUGGUCGACGCUUAUUGAAUCAAUGGCGACGGAGAAUGAUUGGUGAAUUUCAACAACCUCAGAGAUCAGAAACAGUUGCGCCACCAACAAUAGUCCAAGCUACAGCAAUUCCUCAAAGAGAAAAUACAACACAAAGUACCUCAAGGGCAACCGAUGCUGAAAAUGGUGCCCCGACUUUGGCAACUUUUCUUCAACAAGAGGUACCUACUGAAAAUGUUCGACAGCAAUUCAGCUCGGCGAUAAAUCUAGUUCGACAACUUCAGCGUGAACAGCAAGCCGAGGAAUUACUGCAACAACACUUACAAGAAUACACCAGAAAUAGACAAUUUUCCUUAGCAAGAACAGUUUUAAAUACUUUACAACUAAUCCAAGAAAGACGAAGUGGAUUGCUUCAACAGAUUCAGGAGCUGAGACGUGAGAUACAUGCGUCUAAUAACAAAUUACAGGCAGAAUUAACAGAAACUCCUAACCAAAGAAUCCCGGUGCCACAAGCAAACACAUUAUCUCCGAGUAGAUCCCAAACACCUCCACCUCCGCCGCCUCAAACACAACAAUCAUCAUCUCCAUCUUUACCGCGUCAACAGUUGCGACGACAGGUUUCACGACAACAGCAGCCGGUGCAGGUACAACGUCAACGGAACCAAUUUCCACGACAACAAAUGUUUGGUAACAGAUUUCAGCAAAUACUAGCAAACAUGCAGCGGGCGUCUCGAAAUAGACAACGGCCGCCUGUUAACAGUCAACAAAUGCCUAAUGCUGGCAGUCUUUCAACACAACCUAGAACAUUUAAUAACAGGAAUAACCGUCUCCGAAAUUUGUUAAGAAGGGCCCAGAGCAAUCCGUUUGGUGGAUUGAAUAUGAAUAGAAGCCACAAUAGACCACGGUUACCAGUAAAUAAUGGACUGUUUUUAGGCUGAAUAUAUUAUUCAUGCCACUUGCUUAGAUCAGGAAAUGACGAAAUCUGAGAGAUUGCAGACUGGAGGAUAUUAUGUUGAUUCCGUGCCAAAACUUUCGUUGUCCACACUCAAAAAAGGCAAUGCAUUUUACACAUGCACCCUUUAUAAAGUAGAAGCUGAGCUCGUGAUGACAAUGAAGAAGACAUUGAUCUAUGAUAAGGAGGACGUGGCGUUCUUAGAACUCAGGAACUUGUGCAAUAUCACCAGUUGAUUGUUGUGUUGUGUUGAUAUGUUAUUUCACAGUAUUUAUUUAAUCAUUCCAUUUUCGUGUACAUAAACUUCUCACGCCACAUUCAACUAAUCAUGCGAUUAUUACGCAUACUGUAUGUAAGACAAUAACAACGAAACAAGGGAAGACAUGAACUUGUUACAUAUUGAUGAGAGCGUUGACUCAACCCUAAGUUUUGUGACAGUGUACCGUACGUGUCAUUCUGAUAUUGCCAUUAUUCAUUUAGUAUUGAGCUAAACCAAGGGGAAAACAUUCAUGCUGAACGUUUCCUAUUUUUGAUUUUGACAAUACAUCCAUAUAGUGUUCUGAUGGAGGUAAAACAUGCCAAUAUGAUAUGAUUGACGACUUUUGUUUAACUUGAUGAACGUGAUGUACAUGAAUAAAGUAUAUAAAACUUGCA